AUGAAGGUCUACCUGAUUUGCGGAAUAUUGUUUGGGGCAUUUUGUACUGUCGAACCCGAUGCCUUAAUUGAUAAACUGUACCUCAUCGUGAAAGAUGCGGGGCUAAACUAUACGCUAGAUCAGGUCACGAAAUAUUCCAUGAUGUUUUAUCGGCUGGUAGGUUUGAAAUAUUGCAAAUGAUUUUUUAUGACUUGGCAGGGGACUUGCAGAAGCCGGUAUACCGAGACAUGCCUUGCAAAUUCUCCUGUAUUCUGCUGUUUCUAGAUGCAUGCUAUAAACGACAGAGCCCACCUGAACUUGGACGACAAAAUUAUCAAAUUAAAAAAUGGCCUUCUCAAUCUUCCCGACGACGACCUACGCGGAAUCAAGUUCCACGAAGUAGGAAUGAUGUAUCGCUUCGAUAUGGUGGAUAGGAUGCGCCGCAACGUUUCGUUGGGAUGGGAGGACGACGCGGUCAGCUUCUCGUCCACCUUGAUGGAUGUUUUGCGAAAUGUGAGCUUUUUACAUAUAAUCAUUCGUCUUAAAAAUCUUCUUUUUGUUUUAGAAUCCCAGGGUAAGAGUUAUCGACGCGAAUGCACGGAAGUUCCUGAACAUAACUCGGGUUCAGCUGACGCAACAGAUUUGUGAAGUUUAUGCCAAGUAUAUUCAGGAGGACAUCCCAGAUGACCCAUUUCGUGCGACCGAGCCGUUGCUAGACGCUUUGGAAGACAACGACAGUAACGGGGCGGUGUCAUAUUAUCGAGAUCUUUUGCAAAUGAGGGUAACACCGACCAAACAGACAACGCCCGGCAGCCCAGGGAAUCUCCCGCCCCAUUUCGGCACUUCGCCCACCCAGUAUCGGUUGUAG